AUCAUUAUUACUGAAUCAACCUCAUCAUCGGCUCGCUUGUCCUUCGGCGCUUUGGUGUGCCGGUUUUGGAAUAAACGACACUUUUGUUUUGUUUUGUUUUUGUGUGUGUGCAGUUUUGUCCUCAAUCGUGUGUAUGUUUACGCCGUUGAGCGGAAACAGAUUUACAGCAGGAGGCCAUUUGCCGGGAUCUGCUGAUCUGGUUUGAGCAGUGUCAGCAGCAUGGUGUGAUGUUUAAUGCAGUGGAUUAGUUGUCAUUAUUGUGUGUGUUGUGGAUUUGCUUUGGUUGGGGGGGUGACACAAUCGAGGCGCAUUAGAAGGAGCAACAUGCUCCUGUAGGAUUCAUUAACACCUUCUGCGGCUGCUAUGUGGAAUCUACUGAAAGAUCCAUCACCAUUCUCGGAUCUCACUGCAUGGAAAUUGGGCCGGUGUGUGUGGACACUUCUUUUUGAAUAGCUAAAGGAGGGGACAUUUGACAGUUUUGCUGGACUGUAAUCCGGUUAGUGUUUGAUAGAUCUAGAUCUAUUUACAAAUCUCAGCCUAGAAUUUCUAAAAAAACAAUGGGAACUCAGGUGACUGGGAGGAAAAGGAUCCCGAAUCGGGAGAAAGUAUCGGCGGAGGAUGAUGCUCUUAGCCAGAUUGCUCGAGAGGCAGAGGCGAGACUGGCAGCGAAGCGGGCAGCCCGGGCAGAAGCUCGAGAGAUCCGCUUAAAGGAGCUGGAGAGGCAGCAGAAAGAGAUUUAUCAAGCUCAAAGGAAAUACCAUGGGCAUGGGCUGGACAGCAAAUGGGGCCAUAUUGAGCAGUGGAUGGAGGACAGCGAGCGUUACUCGCGCCACUCACGGAGACACACAUCGAUCUCGGAUGACGAGGAGCGGAUGUCUGUUGGAAGUAGGGGCAGUUUGAGGCCUACAGACUAUGGGGGAUUUUUGGGCUCCGGUUCCAGGGCCUCGUCACGGGCCAGUUCAGCUCGUGCCAGCCCUGUGGUGGAAGAGAGAUCUGACUUCUUGGAAAAGGGAUCAAGGACAGCAUCUACUCUCUCUGCUGCCACUUUGGCCUCACUAGGUGGGGGCUUUUCUCGGAGAGGCAGCUGUGACACUUCCAUAUCGGUCGACACAGAGGCCUCCAUACGAGAGAUGAAGGACUCUCUGGCUGAGGCUGAAGAGAAGUAUCGAAAGGCCAUGGUGUCCAAUGCUCAGCUAGAUAAUGAGAAGUCCAACCUGAUGUACCAAGUAGACACACUGCGAGACACACUGAUGGAGCUGGAAGAGCUGCUUUAUGAGACACGCAGGGAGUGUGAAGAGAAAACAAAGGAGUACGAUCGGGAGCGCCAUGCUCACAACAUCCUGCAGUUCCAGUUUAAUGAGAUGAAGGAGACGUUAAAACAGAGUGAGGAACUAUUGAAGGAAGCACAACAAUUGCGCUCAAAGCGGGAGAGCUAUGUUAGCGAGAUCUCUGAUCUACAGGAAACAUUGGAAUGGAAGGAGAAAAAAAUUGCGGCCUUAGAGAGGCAGAAGGAAUAUUCAGACAUAAUCCAAGAUGAACGUGAUGCACUGAGGAAUGAGGUUUUCCGGCUGAGGGAUGCUCUAAAGAAACAUGGCAUAUCCCUUGGAUCUGAGGUGACAACAAAUGGCGAGACUGGAAACAACAUGACUAAUGGACCUGAAUGUGUAGAAUCGGCUCAAGAUGGACCAGCUAUGAGCGCUGACAGCAUCUUAGAGAUCAGACUGAGAAAGCUGGUUGAUGAAAGGGAGAGUUUACUUGAACAGGUAAGGAAGCUGAAAGCAGUUGUGGAACAAAAGCAGAGGAACGGCACAGAAGAAGCAGUAAGUCCACACGAAGAUGAGCUCCAGAACAACCUAGACUCACAUAUCAUCGAUUUGCAGAGAGAUGCCAACAGGCAAAUCAAAGACUUCAAAUUUAAGCUGGUGAAGUCUGAGCAGGAGGUCGCAGUUCUUGAACAAAAUGUAAUUCGACUGGAGGGGCAGGUGACACGCUACAAAACAGCUUCCGAAGCAGCUGAAAAAGUGGAGGAUGAGCUGAAAGUGGAGAAACGUAAAUUGCAGAGAGAGCUGAGGUCUGCUCUAGACCGUAUUGAAGAAUUAGAGGCCAGCAAUUUUCACCUGUCCAAAAGAGUGGAGAAGAUGAAGGCGAAUCGGAAUGCCAUGCUUUCGCAGCAGUGAUGUCUUCUCGAGUUUUACUGGCACUCUGGAAAACCGCUUUCAUUGGCAUUAGUAGCAGCUGCACCUGUUAUCCUCAUUUCGUGUUACAAAAUCAACCAGAAUUCGUCCAUCGCACACGAAUCACCAGGUCAAUGAGCCAUGCGAAAUUACUCUGAAAAAGGGAAAAAAGAUGGCCUACAGAUGUUCUGACUCCAGUGUAUGAACAUCAGUUCAGGAAAGGAUACAAAUAAAUACUGACAUUCUGAUGAACAGAAAAGGAAUUCUUAAGUGAAAUCAUGAGCAUUGGAUUUUCUUUUUUCUUUUCUUCUACUGGAUUGUGGCGUUUGCCUAUGUUGUAGUGCCCCCAGUGUUCUCCAGAGUGAUCAUGGAUGCACAGGAGGUUUCCAUUUUUUUUGGCUCCUCUAGUGGAGUAUGCUUUUUUUUUAUAAAUGCUGCCAUCUGGUGGUAUCGAGAAUCCAUUCUGAAGCAAUGAGGAUUGAAAUAGGUCCACAGAUUUUUUUUUUUUUGGAUUCUUACUGACACUCAUCUGGAUUAACCCUCAUGUUCUGUUUAAUAUACACUAGACAAGAAAAAUGCUGAUGGGAGUUUUUUGGAUAGAUGAAUGCUAUCUAAAAUGCAUCUUUUCAGAAAGGAAAACCGCCUGUUGUAGGGCUGUCCCAAAAGGACAAAACAACUCAUACCAAAUUUUUUUAUUAACCGUCUUUUAAAGUUAGAAAAAUAUAUAUAUGACAUAUGAUUUACAACACCUAAUAUGCACUUACUGACCAUUUUAUUAGAAACACCUGUAUACCUGCUCAUUCAUCCAACGUCCAUGCCACAGCCAGAGUCACUGAGUUUUUUUUUUCUUCUCUUCUUCUCUGAUGUUGGAUGUGAACAUGUACCUGAUGCUCUUGAACUGUGCAUGCUUGCAUUGCACUGCUACCACAUGAUCGGAUUGUUUGCUUAAAUGCAUAAAUGUGUACAGGUGGUCCUCAUAAAAUGGACAGUGAAGGUAUAAUAGGUCACUUUUCAGUUUAUUUGUGUAAAUGCAUACACAAAAGCCCAUCCCAGGUGAUCCUGUGAGAUUUUCCUAAAUAAGCGCUUAUUCAAGGCAAAUGAAAGAAUUCAACUGCAUUUAUUUGUAUUUUUAUGUAGUUGCUUACAAUGAUUUUAACAAAUUUCGGGCCAAGCACAAUCGAAAUCUGUUAAGGUAAACAGAACAUCAGUGCUAAUCACAGGUUGCUCCAUAAAACUUUGUUUUGGUUUUAGAGACAUUGGGAUUGUUCUAAGUACUAAAUACUGAGCAUCACCAGCAUCUCCUCUCAGGAGGUGCAGGAAUUUACAGAAUAAGACAUUUUUGACAAAUUUGUGGUAGAAUGUUGGUGGUUGUACAAAUGUGUGUGUGUGUGUGUGUGUGUGUGUGUGUGUGUGUGUGUGUGUGUGUGUGUGUGUGUGGUGUUCGAAGUGACUUGUGUCUUCAUACAUGAUGCAUUCCAUUUGUUUGUGUUUUCUUGUUUGUUUUGCAUCACAGUACUCAUUACUCAUGUCAGAGAGUUCACUACCAGGAUUUUUAUUUUAAUUGUAUUGUACAACGUAAUUCUAUUAAGCAAUAUAUCUUUUAGGGAGUGAGCAAUGGACUGGCAUCCUAAUCUGGGUGCGUUCCUUGGAUAAUGGUGUGUACUAAACGAACAAAAUAAUUUAUUCAUUCAUUCCUCUUCAGUAAGUACUUUGCUGGACAGAGUUACAGUUGAACCAGACACUCCAAAGGUCAUGGCCAGAAUGGUGAAAUAUUUGUAGUAUUGGUGGAAGAUUAUUGGUCUUAACAAGAAAUCAUUGUUCAGAAAUGUAUCAAGAAUCAAUCACAUACUAUACUCCUGUAGCUCUCAUCAGCUUUCUCAAUUGCAAUCCAUAAUAUAUAUUUUUUGUACAUUUCUCUACAUCCUGUUAUUUCUCUGUGCUAAUUUAGCGUCAAACAAUUUAAUCAUGACCAUGAUUUUACUUUUUGCACAAGAAGACAAUAAGAAAAUAAUCAGCAAAGUGUGUCACAGGAGUGCAUGUAUUUAAUUCUUGUUCAUGUGCUGACCAAUGAUUAUUGUUUAGACUUUUCAAAUCUUAGUUUUUUUGCCAUUUUGUGCUUCACUAAGAAUUGUAGAUUGCAGUUGACUUGCAAUAUUUGAAACCAAAAAAAGCAAACCUGUGAUGUGGCCUGAUGUAUAUGGUGUAUCAGUAUGCCAAUACCAUGGUUUAUCUGCACAAACAGAAACUGUAGCUCAAAACAAUGGCUGCUGAAUAACAGACAGUAGUAGGCUUCCCAAGUAUUUCCCAGUUCAAUACUGCAAUAAUAAUUAUUACAUGAUAUAUUGUGCACUAGUGUAUACUGUUUUUAAAUAUAAAACAAUUGUUUGGGCAUGUAGAUCGAUCACACUUUACAGCCGAAUACCUGUUUAAAAAAAGGGACUUUUGAUCCAACUGCACUCAAAAGACAUGUCAAAAGCUAUAACUUCCUUAAAAGUGUUUCUGAAAUGUCUUUCUGCCUUCUGCCUUUGCCUUUGUGUUUCUACAUACUCUUCAUGACAUUCCAUUAUCACAGAAGAGCAGAAAAAAUGCACUCAAAAUGCGAGCGACUUGUAAUUUGCUUCGAACGAGUUAAAUAAAUCAAAAUCCAUUCCAGUAAAGCAGGAAAAAUAUGUAUUUGACCAAAUUCUGAUUUUCAGUUUUUCAUGAACAUCUUAUAUGUAACUAAACUGAGGGGCACAUUUUUUGUUCAUAUAUGGUUUAUAUAUAUAUAAAUUGUGUGAAAUGACAGAAGAUUGUGUCAUUCAGAAGGAAAAAAGGACGGACUGCCUCAGCAAAAUGUAGACAGGCUCAGAACUUUCACUUGGAUAUCACCAGCUUAAAACAUCAUUGGAACAUGGAAUGAAUGAGGGUUUUUUUUUUCUUUAAUUCAUUAAAAAUAUUAUUGCAAUAACGCUUA